AAGACAAUAAAUAUCUUCCAUUUUGAAGCGAGAACUUCAGUAACCUGGCGAGUCUUGCUAGUUUGCUCAAGAGGAAUUCGUCAAAAACGCAAUUUGAAGUGAACUGGAAAAAUGCACAGAAGCAACAGUGAUUCGCGGCGAGACCGCCAACAACGUUUCAGCUUUAAAAACCGCAUGAAACCAAAUUCUCUGCAAGAUGUGGAGAAUGAAGUUGGGGGACGUACUUCCAGCUUACGUCAUCACAAAACGUCCACAGCCGGACAAGGAUCAGUUAGAGCUGUGGGAGCAAAUGGGGGUGGUGCUACAGUGACCUCGAGUGUUAUAAGCUUAGGGUUUUCAAUGUCUUCUGUAAACGACCCCACUACUCCAUCGGGAACGGGUCCAACGUCUGGGCAAACUCCAAAAAAGUCUAACUGGGAGGUAAUCGAGCACUACCACAAAUCAGGACUUCAUGGAGCGUCAUCGGCUAACCGGACAAAGCACCAACAGGAGGAGUACGAGGCGCAGACGGCAGCCAUUAUCACCCACGAUUUUGUCGUGUUAGAUGAAAGGCGCUGUUGGUGGAACAUCUGCCAUCUUCUAAAGCGAGUAUUUCGAUCUCAUCGCUUUAAAGACGUUCAUGUUGAAGUCUUGUAUCAGCGAUAUUUUCUACGGAUGAACCAAACCAACUUAACAAGCUUAUUGGCUCUGUUAAUUGCUACGGCCCUAGUUUUCACAGCGCUCAAUUAUGCCAUAGGUGGAACGCAAGGCCUUCUUCAAAGCGUAAUCAUAGGCUUAUUUGCCAUUCUUUACAUUGGUCUUGAGCUGCUGGUUACUCGCUCCUUCCUCAAUGAAGUCUAUCUCAUCGUAUUCUCUUACAUCAUACUGGCAUCAUUUGUUGGCACUGAACUUGUGCUGGCGGUAGACGAAACACGCAAAUCGGCCGUGGCAGGAGCUUGGUCCACAGUUUUUUUCAUAUACAUAACCUAUACCUUCCUGCCUCUUCACGUUCGAGAAUCAUCAAUCUGUGGCUGUCUCCUUGGAGUGACCCAACUAGCCUGUGCUCUAAGUCUUAAUUUUCAGGACGAAAAUAUUUGGAAACAGAUUGCGGCCAACGGUAUUUUGUUCCUAUGCACUAAUGUUGCCGGAAUUUUCACCCACUACCCAUGCGAAGUUGCGCAACGGCAAGCUUUUAUAGAAACUCGACAAUGCAUAGAGGCUCGAAUAAAUAUUCAACGCGAAAACCAACAGCAGGAAAGACUGCUACUGUCAGUUCUCCCAAGGCACGUUGCAAUGGAAAUGAAAGCAGAUAUAGCUGGGAAGCCAAAGGAUACAAUGUUUCACAAAAUUUAUAUUCAAAGACAUGAAAAUGUGAGCAUUCUGUUUGCUGAUAUCUGCGGCUUCACUAGCCUUUCUGACCAAUGCACAGCUGAAGAGUUGGUACGCCUGCUCAACGAACUUUUUGCCAGGUUCGAUAGGCUUGCCGCUGAACACCAUUGCUUACGCAUAAAACUGUUGGGUGACUGUUAUUAUUGUGUGUCUGGGUUACCGGAGCCACGGCCUGACCAUGCCCAUUGCUGUGUUGAAAUGGGACUUGACAUGAUCGACGCAAUAGCGCUUGUGCGAGAGGUAACUGGCGUCAACGUUAAUAUGAGAGUCGGCAUCCACACUGGCAGGGUGCACUGUGGUGUCCUUGGACUUCGAAAAUGGCAAUUUGAUGUAUGGUCUAACGAUGUCACUCUCGCAAAUAAUAUGGAAAGCGGAGGAAUACCCGGGAGGAUACACAUUACAAAGGAGACAUUAAAAUACCUCGGAAGCGACUACCGCGUCGAGCCUGGCCAUGGUGGAGAAAGGAACGGUUAUCUCCGAGACCACAAUAUCGAAACGUUCUUAAUCAUCCCAAGUGAUAAAUAUCGUGACCAUCACGCCAAAAAAACCAGCAGCUACAACUCUAUGAACGGUACGACAGCAACGUCAAAAGAAAUGCGCGUCAUGGGCCAUUCCGAACACACAAAACAGAAUAUCCACAACAAGUUAGGUUUUGGCGACAACCAGGAAACGAAAGAUCCUGAAGUAGAAGUCAACGACUACCUGGCACGUGCAAUUGACGCAAGAAGCAUAGAUCGACUUCGAGCCGAACAUUGUCGUCGUUGGUUGCUUACUUUUCGAAAGCCCGAAAACGAAGCCAAGUACGCCAAGGAACGGGAUAAAAUGAUGGAAGCCUAUUUUAUCUGCUCUUCUUUCAUCUUGCUUUCGAUAUUGAUUGUUCAAUAUAUCGUCAUUCCUCAGUCAAGCGUUACGUUCUUCACCAGUGCAAUAUGUGGUGGCGUAUUGCUGUUGAUUGUCCUCGUCGCCGUCGCUGAGAAAUGCAGCUGUUUGCCGCAAGAACUUAUGGUGUUUUCUCGACGAAUCGCCGCUAGUCGUCGACUGACUCAGCUCCUAUCGGCAUGGGUUGUUUUGAUACUUUAUGCUGUUGCUUGCGCUCCCCUGUUGCCGCUUACGGAGGAACAAAUGCCGAUCUGUUUGCUUCAACUAGUAGUUCUAAAUGGUUCGUCGACAUUUUUUCGCGAAAACCUCAAGGAUUUGUCACCGCUUGCAACCAAUACGACAAUGGUACGUGGCGAAAACGGAACUUCCGUAGAAGUGUGCACUUCCCCUUUUCCACAGUACGUCACACUUUGCGUAUUACUGGCAAUGAUAUCGAGUUCGGUGUUCCAGCCCAUGACAAGUUUACUCCGUUUAGCCCUGCUGACAAUCAUGAGUUCGGUCUAUCUUUACUUCGUAUUUGGAAGCCACGCGGCCCUUUUCAAAUCUCAGGAUGUCAUCCUGAUGCUGAACAGGGAACCGCAGGAUUCGGGAAUUUCUUUGGGAAUCUUGACAGCUUUGAUUUUGGCUGCCUUCGUGUCCGCCUUCGUCAUACAUGGACAGCAAAUUGAAGCAACUUCACGACUGGACUUCUUAUGGAAGCUUCAGGCAACAGAAGAAAAGGAAGAAAUGGAGCACUUACAAGCCUACAAUCGUAAACUUCUUGCGAACAUCCUUCCAGUGCAUGUCGCUGAGCAUUUCAUGUCUAUGGACAAGCAUACUGACGAGCUGUAUCACGAACAAUGCGAAAGCGUCUGCAUUAUGUUUGCUUCUAUUCCUAACUUCCCCGAGUUUUACGUCGAACUCGAAUCAAACAAUGAGGGAGUUGAAUGCCUUCGUCUGCUCAAUGAGAUCAUUGCCGAUUUUGAUGAGAUUUUAAGUGAGGACCAAUUUAAGUACAUUGAGAAAAUUAAAUCAACCGGUUCGACUUACAUGGCUGCCUCAGGUCUCACAAAAGCAACGUGUGACAUGAAAAAUUUCAACCACGUCACCGCCAUGGCUGAUUACGCUCUACGACUACGAGAACAACUAGAUUACGUUAACGAACAUUCAUUUAACAAUUUUAAAAUUCGAAUUGGUAUCAACAUUGGCCCAGUUGUAGCAGGAGUCAUUGGGGCUAGGAAACCGCAAUAUGACAUUUGGGGUAAUGCCGUUAAUGUUGCCAGUCGUAUGGAUUCUACCGGAGUUCUCGACAAGAUACAGGUUACACAAGAAGUUUGUCAAAUUUUACAACCCAAGAGCUAUCCGCUGACUUGCCGAGGUACAGUCAAUGUAAAGGGCAAAGGAGAAAUGGUAACCUACUACUUGGAUGGCUACAGUGUCGAUCGUGUCCAAGUUGACGUCAGCACUCGUUAGCGAUUCAGUAGCGGUUGUCACAGCAAGCGCCAUUUGAACACACAAAAACCUAACCAAGAGUUUCUGUUGAACUAAAAAGGACAUUUUAUGGUGCUUUGAUACGUUGAUAACAAACUUUAAUUCAUUCCGUCCUUCGAUCGUUCAUUAUAUAGAUUACGAAGGCAUCCGGAUCGUCUAAUUAUGACAAUAUGUCGGAGCUCCUACAGUGUGCUUACAAUGGUUUUCGGUUUUCGAAUUUGGGAUUUCCCAAUGACUUUAUUUUCAACAAGCAUCGUAUGAAUAGGUCUACGCAUGUCAUUGGCGGCUUACUGGAAGGCCAUGAUUGAAAUCUACCAAUAAUGGAAAUGAGUUUCGAACUGUUCCAGGCCGUGACUGGAGCGUCGUAACACCAGACAUUGCUGACCGAUGUCUAGAGCUCUAUGCAUUAACCUAGUGUAUUUUUACCAUAUCGUUCCCGUUACCCGCGUCUUGCCACGCCAUGUGUUGCCCCUUGCCAAAGUUAUCGGUGUAACGAAAUGCAGUCAGUGUUUUCGUGUGCACGUUCCAAAGUCAAUAUUACCAUACCUGACCUAUUGUGAAAUGAACCAAUAAUCAAUGCACACUUCACAUCUUCACCAUCAGGAUAAUUUCCCUGUUCCAUUUGAAAGAAAGCGUAACAAAAUGUAAGAUCAGACCACAAAUAUAUACCAUGUAUUUUGUCUAGCUACCUUAUUGUAAACGUACUGUACAUCCAAACCCAAGAAGACCCAUUUCGUGAUUUAUUUAAAUUUUUGCACGGCAGUGAAGUUACCGUUUAUGCUUGAAAUCCCAAUAUAUUUUCAGCCCCAUGAGAAAAAAAAAAUUAUUCCAUGAUUUACGACAGCUUCGCCAAUGCUGACUCCCCUGCAACGUUGAACAAAAAUGAGUUUAGCAUUUAUAAGUUGAGCCGCUAGAUAGUUAUCAGUUUGUAAAUCGGAUGUAUUAUACUACCCAAAUUUUAAACAA